UCUUGUUAUUCUCUCGGUGGCUGUGUUUGCAAACGCACGUAUUUAAACAAAUUAAAAAAAAAAACAAGUUAGGUUAAUAACCUAAAAUAAUAUACAAAACCUGUUUGCGGUUUCUAUUUCUUAUAUCUGAUGUGAUUUUCCUUUUGUUUUAUUAGUUUCUGUGCUAGAUAAUGAAGCGGGUAAUUCCGGUGGGUUUUUUAUUUUUAUUCGCGUUUACAAAUGGACAGUUCGAAGGUGAAGUAUGCAAGGUAAAUGGCGCAACUGGUACUUGCAAGGUGCUUGAUAGAUGUCAAUCUGCAAUCAGAGAUAUAAAGAAUAGAAUUCCACCGAAGAUAUGCUCUUUCCGUGGUAUGGAUUCAAUUGUUUGUUGUUUGGAUGGUGCGCCGGCGACGACAGCAGCUCCGCCUGUACUUACCACCUCCACUAAAAAACCAAAAGUGACGACGGAGUUCGUACCGCCUGUAUAUGAUUAUGUCUUCAAUGAUCCCUCUUUAGCGGGGGGUGGAGAAUGUGAGGCGAUCCCGUCAAAUCUGACGUCACCUAGAACUGGGCAAAAGGCGUGGGACAAAUGUUUGGAAUAUCAGGAGAAGUUAGUAUAUCCUUGUGUGAAAGGAAACUCUCUAUCAGGAGAGAAGGCCCGCACGUAUCGCUGCAAUCACAGGACAGAUCAGCUGGUGGUGGGCGGUGUGGAUGCUGCUGAUAAGGAAUUCCCACAUAUGGCUCUUCUCGGUUUCGGUAACUUGGAUUCAAUACAAUGGCAGUGUGGUGGUUCUGUUAUCAGCGAGCGGUUUAUAUUGACAGCGGGACAUUGUACCUCUAGCAGACAAUAUGGUCCAGUGACGUAUGCUUUAGUUGGAAUUUUGAGCAGAACCCAACACGUGGACGCAUCUCAACGAUAUAAAAUCAAAAAUAUUAUAAAACACCCGGAAUACAAAGCACCUAAAAGAUAUAAUGAUAUCGCGUUAUUGGAGACAGAAACUGAAAUAAUAUUAAGUGACAGGGUAGUCCCAGCUUGUCUGCAUGUAGACACGAGUGCUGAUGAUGCGAAGGCCCUAGCGUCAGGCUGGGGAGCCACACAGAACAGGGGCUCCAGUGCUGAUGUGCUGCAGAAGGUGAUAUUGAACAAAUUCUCUGAACUAGAAUGCGCUAUACUGUUCCCGCCGACGAGACUUAUGUUGAACGGCUUCAAUGGCAACACACAGAUAUGUUACGGCGACAAGGAAAAGUCGAAAGACACGUGUCAGGGUGACAGCGGAGGCCCUCUACAAUUGAAGAAUUCAAAAAUCCACUGCAUGUAUACUGUGGUUGGGGUAACUUCUUUCGGAAGAGCUUGCGGCUUCGUUGGGGAGCCGGGAAUUUAUACGAAAGUUUUGUCUUAUGUGCCAUGGAUUGAAAGUAUUGUGUGGCCAUAAACGAAAAUUUAAAUCGAAUCUCGCUUUAUAGUGUGUCUAAAUAAAUUAGAUUAGUUUGACAAUUCACUUCAAAUUUAGUAGGGAUGGGUUGUGUAAAAUCAGU